AUGGCUCCGCCGCCCCUCUCGCCCUCCCCCUCCGGAUCGACUGAGCGACUUGCCGAAGAGCUGGCACCUGCGCUGAACCAGCUAAAGUCCCUUACGGUGGGCAACCCAAUUACUUUCCCGCAGGCACUGACAGCUACUGAACCUCUCCUCCGCCUCCGCCAUACCUUUAUCGAUGAUGCCCGCCCGCGGACCGCCAAAGAUGCAUUCCGACAAUUGUGGGGCUUCCAGACCCUGCUGAGUAUAGCCGAACAGCUAGCAGAGCUGUAUGACAUCAAUGCUUUAUCCAAGGAUGAGAGGAAAGAUUUGCUAGCCAUUUACAAGGAUGUGCUGGGAGUCUUGGCCGAAGCAUUGAAGAAUCAUUUUGGCAACAGACGGUAUUUUGCGCGCAGGAUCGCUGGAGGGGGUACGGCAGCCCUAGAACGGACUCUGAGUGUGCUUGUCGGAAAAAUAGGUCAAGCUGAAAAUGAUGCGCACCAGAUUUACGGUGCAGUUCUGGCCGCUUCGCUGUGCCAGGAGAGUGUUUCGGGUAUCUUUGGAGCACUGGGUGCGAAAUUCCUACGGAGUGAAAGCCCCCAAUCUUCAGCACAGCUGCGGGAUGCUGUGGACCAGUGCAUGGGAUCUGCUGAGACUGUAGAAGUGGCAGAGUUUCUGGGGCCAUUACUUCGGGCCUGGGUGACCCAAUCUGCCUCCCCAGGCAAUGAUACUCUACGACUUGCUAUCCCCGCCUGUCUUUGCCAAUUGGCUUCCCAGUCCUUGAGGAAUAUUGUAGCUUUGCAUGCCACCGGGAUGCUGACUUCUAUUCUUUCGCUUCUAUUUGACAGCGGCCGGCCUGAAAACGAGGCAGAAAUUUACCAGGAUUUGGCUCGGCUUCUCAGUGUUCAGGGAAUGAGUAGCCUGGGUGACGCAGUUGCCCUGUACCGUCGAGCACACCAAAAUCCACGAGUCUUGAAAUUCCUUGUGUCAGCUCUCAAAGCUUCUAAAGAACCUCCUUCGAUACAAUUCGACAUGUCCCUACAUGGCUAUUCUUCUGUGGAGUUCGCGACUUUGGCCCGGCCAUUUCCUCCAAGUUCUUCAGCAGGCUAUACUCUGGCAGCCUGGGUUCGGUUCGAUGAAUUUGAUCGCAACACACAUACGACAAUAUUUGGAGCAUUCGAUGCCAGCCAGACCUGCUUUGUGCUUGCUUAUCUGGAGAAGGAUACUCACAACUUUAUCCUUCAAACUUCGAUCCGUGGUCUCCGCCCUAGUGUUCGAUUCAAGUCCGUUAAGUUUAAGCCUGGCCGCUGGUAUCAUAUUUGCAUGGUCCACAAACGGCCGAAGCCCACCUCAUCAUCACGAGCAUUUCUGUUCGUUGAUGGGGAAUUUGUGGAGCAGUUAAAGAUCGACUACCCCUCCGUUCCCACCAGUGACCACCCGAAUAGACCACCCCACAUCCAAGCAUUUUUUGGCACGCCCCAGGAUUUAGCAAUGCGUCUUGGAAAGGGAGUUUCGACGUCCAGGUGGUCCUUGGCCAAUGGAAUCCUUCUCGACGAGGCCUUUAGUGAUGAUAUGAUAGCCGUCUUUUACAAUCUCGGCCCCCGCUACUAUGGCAACUUCCAGGAUUGUCUUGGUUCUUUUCAGACCUACAAGGCUUCUGCAACCCUGAACCUACGCAACGAGCACCUUCAUCCUGGAAAGGAAGAAUCCUCGGAUAUUGUGACAGCCAUCAGGAGACGGGCCAGUACUCUAGUCCGUGAGAAUUCGAUAUUGAUUAAUGUUUCUCCUGUCGCUGUUCUUGACGACGACGAUAGCAACAACGUUGAUGAAUCACAACUCAUCAAAUGUUUGUCAAGACAGGCAGCAAAAAGCUUGCAACAACUAACCAAGGCUGGUGGUAAUGCCGUUGCAAUCAACGGGGCGACUCCUGCAAUCAACGAUGGCUUGACUCAGCCGCAGGGAGUCGGAAUAUUAACGGGCGAUCCGGUUGUUGCCGUCCCCUGGUCAUUAGACGACGCCAGCUGGUGUCUUGGCGGCUGUGCUGCUGUACACCUGAGCCUGAUACAAUCUGCUCACUCUCCCGAAACCCUCCGACUGGCUGUCGAGGCUCUUUAUGAAGCUAUCCAAGACAAUUGGAGAAACAGUGAGGCAAUGGAAAGAGAAAACGGCUAUGGAAUUCUUGCAGCUCUUUUGCGGGAAAAAUUAGGCUUUCAGCUAGGUAACUUCUCAUCUAGUAAACCUGCCGUGGCCAACUCGAGUGCUGAGGAGCAAAACUCCCUUAUCCUGGAUCUUCUGCGCUUAACACUUCAAUUCGUGGGAUAUGAUUCUGAACAUGCAAACCAGUCCAUAAUCACCAAUCCUCUUGCCUAUCGGGUCUUGUUGGUUGACAUGGAUAUUUGGCGAUAUGGCGAAGCACCGGUUCUUGAGCUGUAUUAUAAUCAAUUUCGAGCCUUUGCUACUGACAGCAAAUACCACCGUUUCAACGCAAAACGGCUGGGUCGUAUGCGUGUCAGCAAGAAACUAAUUGAGACGCUGAAGGGAGGUGAACUUACUUCUGAAACGCUCAACCCCUGUCUUUCUGCUUUUCGGUCUUUGAUGGAGAGUGGCAUGUCUCCCGAUCUCCUGCGGUCUUUUGCUUUGUCCAUCACAUAUACACUUCACAUGCCAAAGCCCACUGCCAGUCUCCAGAAAAAGAAAAGUCUUCGAUUUGUGGCGGCUCCUUCGCGACCUGGCUCUUCAAAGUCUCAUUCUGAAAAGCACAUAUCGGCCACUGCACAAGGAACUGAAAUGUUGCGAUUGUAUACAGAUGUACUGUGCAAUCCGCUAGAUUCUACACCACUCAAGAAAUUUGCCAAAGCGGUAACCAACAAGUGGCUUCUUUAUCUAUCAUGUGAAGACGAACCGGAAGUUGUGGUCCUCGCCACCAAGAUACUAGCUCGAUUGUUAGUUGUUCAUGGUAGUGGGUAUAGCAAGAAGUUCUCUGAGAAAAAUGGCGGAUACACGAUCUUAGAGCACCACUUAAAAAGAUGGUGGAACGUUCCUGUGCUGUGGACAAUCUGCUUUUCUAUUCUUUUUGGUCGAGAUAUUGCUCUUCUGAACCUUGACAGACCCUUUGACGGCCCUGGCCUCCUGAAACUAUUUCUCAGUGACGGGGACCUUCGCAUUGUGAAUCCUGAGAUGCUUCCAGUGAUCACUGGAAUGCUGAAGAGUGGAUUGAAAAGCACCGUUUUGAAAAGUGAACUCGGUGCGCAAACCGGCACGGCGAUGCGAAAAUCAGACGCUCAGGGUUUCAAAAUGUUAUCGGUGAACCUCAAUGAUAUUCCUCUGGGAGACCGCGAGUCGCAGAAGGUUUCGCUCUUGUCCUCGGUGGUCGAAUUUCUAGAGGAGGCGAGCACCAUAUCUCGAAACUUUCAAGAAUUCACCAUCCAGUCCACUUAUGUACAGGAGCUCCUGGCUGUUCUGUAUCCAGUAAUCGUCAAUUCAGAUUCUAUCAGUGCCAGCACCGAGCUGAACACCAGAUAUGGUGGCCUUUCCUUUGAUGAUAGCAAUCUAGUCUUGCGACCCCGUUCGAGUGCUGUCAACACGUCGACUGUCUUGCAGACUACCACAGUCGAUCUUCCCACAAGCCCCGAUGAAAGCGCCGGCUCUGCUCGCCGUGGUUCCUUCAUUCUCGUUUCUUCCGAUAAAUCGACGCACCAACCGUCCUCUGCACGUAUCAGGCGUGUUGUACACCCUACUUUCUCGAGUGAAGAAUCUUUCGUGGAUCAUCCACUUGUUCAGGCCAUUUUUGGGCUGGCUCUCACUGUAUUCGAGGAUCAGCUCUUGGAACGCAAGGAUUUCUCGGGAUUCGGGCUUUAUCACAAAACUCCUCCCGGCUUUUUGGAACACCAAGCAUAUUUCAAUUCUUGGAUCUUCAAUCACGUGUUGUCAACACUCAAGACACUGCCCAACUGCAAACCUCGUCUCCUUCAAGAACCGCGUACUAUUACCAACAUUUCCAGAUUCGCAACACAUCUAGCCGAGGCAGUCUACGAGGGAUGGUUUAUUGAUGGAGCUGCCACCACCUUGGAAAGUCUCGGAUCAAUUUUGGAGUAUAUUCAGCGACCGGACAUCUCUAUUCUGAAGAGCAUAAGGCUGUGUAGCCAGGCGGUGGCAACAACCCAUUCUACGUUAUAUCGUGUUGUCUUGUUACAAUUAUCAGAGGCUGAUGAAAAUGACACUUUGGCCGUUUUGAAACGUUUGAACUACUGGCAGGUGGUACUUCUCGGUGCAUCAGAGACCGAGUCGAAACAUCUCCAACUGCUCUGUUACCUUCUGUACACAAAGCUCAUCAGCACAGAUGAGGAUAUUCGACUGGCUGCUGCUAGUCUCUGGAGAAUUAUUUUGGUGCAAAAGCCUGAUGAAAUGAACAAUAUCCUUAGUCGUGGGCCUCCUACCCUGCAGGGUCGACUAUCAGAUGGCUUUGAAGCUCUGGCGGGCAUGGAAGACGAAGCAUUCUUGCAUUGGAUCGAUGAUGAGCGUGACGAUCUUGACGCUUUGUUCCUAGGUAUCCUAGGCCGAGCAUGGGAAGCGUUCGUUCAGGAUGAGAACACAAAAAGCGAAGAAUCAGCUAAGAAUCGGAUCGCAAAGCGCAAGGAAAAGCUCAAGCAGUGGGUGCAGCUGGAGAAAUUUGAUGAAGAGGUGACUCGCAAACAUAAUGCCACCUUGCCUCAUUGGAUCUCAAAUAUCUCCGCGUCGGAAACUCUCAAGUCGCAGAGGUGUUUACAAGACCUUCAGGACAACUCAUCUUUCAUGUGGUCGGCCUUUUCUAACCUCUUGUUGGAUCUUCGACGACCAGGUGGUCUGUUGUCGGAGGAGAAGGAAAGGAAAUCUAGGCUCGACCAGACGGAAGGCCGCAGUCGGAUGCGCUUACGCGUUGUCCCGGAUGAUUCAGGCGAACGCCAAGACUACCAACCCAAACGCAAGGCUUCUGAGCCCCCAGUCAUGAAGAUUGAUACUCGAGUGCGUGCGCUGUCUGAAGGUGAGGCAAUAGGGUCACCAACGAGCCUCACGGCGGAGCCAGAGACUGUUGAUCCCGAGGUACAAGAUGGCGAGCCCGAAGACCGCAGCAUACUAGAAGAAAAUUUCGAAAUGAUUGAUGACCCCAAAGUGGAACUCGAAGACUACGAGGACAAAAAUCGCAGAGUGAUGCGAUCGCUUCAACGAGGUGAUCAGGUACAGAAUGUCUGUAACCAGUCACGUAUCAUUGGUCUUGAGGCUGUAGAGGGUCUUCUGAUCAUUGGAAAGGACUGCAUCUAUAUUCUGGAUAACUUCUUUCAACGAGCUGAUGGAGAAAUUGUCAAUGUUUGGCAAGCACCCUCUGAGGAGCGAGACCCCUACGUACGCAUGAUUGCUGGGCGAGAAUCCAACGACCGCCGAUCCCAGGAUCAUGAAACCAGAAGCUGGAAAUGGUCUGAUUUGGUCAGCGUCUCUAAACGACGCUUCCUCUUCCGGGACGUUGCGCUUGAGAUCUUCUUUACCGAUGGCACAAGCUAUUUGCUGACUUUUCUCUCUGCGCGGGUCCGAGAUGAACUGUGCAGUCAACUUGGCAACAAGGCUCCUCAAGUUACUGGAAGUGUAGGUCACUCGCGGCCGGAAGAUAUUUGGCGAUUCGAGACUUUGCGCAGCCAAGAGGAUGCUCCACAGUCUCUUGGGUCUAAGUUUGCCAGUGUCUUUGGUCAUCUCCCAUCUAGUCCAGCAACCCGAAAAUGGGUCCGGGGCGAAAUAUCUAACUUUCAUUAUCUCAUGUUGAUCAAUACCCUUGCUGGGCGCACAUUCAAUGAUCUGACUCAGUAUCCCGUAUUUCCGUGGGUCCUGGCCGACUACACAAGCGAGGAGCUUGAUCUCACCAACCCGAAGACUUUCCGCGACUUAUCUAGGCCGAUGGGCUGCCAAACACCAGAUCGUGAAGCUGGUUUCCGUGAACGGUACAAUGCCUUUGCAGAGAUGGGUGACGAUAACUCCCCACCUUUCCAUUACGGAACACACUACUCUUCUGCCAUGAUUGUUUGCUCAUACCUCAUCCGUCUCCAGCCGUUCGUGAAGUCAUAUCUGCUCCUCCAGGGUGGCACUUUUGAUCAUGCAGAUCGGCUUUUCUACUCUAUCCGGAAAGCAUGGGAGUCCGCAUCUCGGGGAAACAUGACCGAUGUUCGCGAAUUGACCCCUGAAUUUUUCUAUCUUCCAGAGUUCCUGAUCAACUCCAACAAAUACGACUUUGGGCUACUACAGAAUAUGACAACCACCAUUGACUCAGUUGAGCUGCCACCAUGGGCUAAGGGCGAUCCUAAAAUUUUCAUUCAAAAGCAUCGCGAGGCCCUCGAGAGUCCUUACGUGUCUGAAAAUCUCCAUCAUUGGAUCGAUCUUGUGUUCGGCAGCAAGCAAAAAGGAGAUGCAGCUGUGGAGUCUGUCAAUGUAUUCCACCACCUUUCCUACAAGGGCGCGAAAGACCUGGACGCCAUUGACGAUCCAAUGGAAAGAUUGGCCACAAUUGGUAUUAUUCACAACUUUGGCCAGACGCCCCAUCAAAUCUUCCAGCGAACUCACCCCCAAAGAGAAGAUGAACGACACCGUAUUCCCCGGCUCGACACCCUCGCAGAAUCGUUAACUCAGAUGCCACUUUCGCUCCUUGAUAUUGAAGAGCGAGUGAAUACUCUGUCUAUGAAGCAGGAUCGCCUUUUAUGCACUGCUGCGCUCCGACUCAAUGUUCCGCCAACGUAUGACCAAUAUAUGGAAUGGGGCUUCUUCGAUGGAAGCGUGCGCUUCUAUUCCACCGACAGUCGCAAACUCCUCGGGCAUUUUGAGCACCUCCAUGUUGGUCAACUCUCCUAUGCCAGCUUCGCAGACUCGCGCACACUCAUCACCUGUGGAACGGACUGUACGAUUUCCUUGUGGACAGUGACCUCGACCGCUCGGUCAAUUGAUCUACAACCUAUUGGGUCAUUGUUUGGUCAUCGUGCCCCGGUUACCGUUCUCGCAGUUUCCCGUUCGUUUAGUUCUAUGCUGUCAGCAUCCAACGAUGGUCAGAUUAUGCUAUGGGAUUUGAACCGCCGAUGCUUCGUCCGGGCUCUUCCGGCCGAUGGCACAGUUGAUUGCGCUCGAAUCAACGACGUAACAGGGGACAUCAUCGUCUGCCGUGGCAACCGUAUCACCAUGUACACGCUGAAUGGAGAUGUGCUGGUUGAUCAGCCAGUUUGUGAAUCCUCUGAGGAUCACGUCCUGUCUUGUGUUUUUUACGAAGGUGUUCAGAAUGAAUGGCUCGAGCGUGAGCUCGUGUUGACUGGCCACAGUCGUGGUGUCGUUAACAUUUGGGCCAAGAACAUCCAUGAUGGACUCUUCGAGCUUGAGCUGAUCCGACAGCUCCAUCAUACGGACAAUAGUAGAGACAACGGUGCGAAUAUCUCCGCUGGAAUCAGUUGUAUCUUGGCUCUUCCCCAGGUUGUCUAUACAGGGGACGAGGCAGGCCGAGUGUACGAGUGGAAUUGUGUCCAGCGGCGUUGA